AUGGCGUUCAACCAGCUCCAAAGUGGGACCCCUGCACCAUAUGGCCGAGCUUGCAUCAACUGCUCUCGUGCCAAGAGCAAGUGUAUUCUUCUUGCCGCUGGAAAUGGCUGCGAGAGAUGUCAGCGACUGAGUAAGGAAUGUCGGCCAUCGCCAACGGUGCGAAAGCGAAAUGGACGCUCUUCCGCUUCGAGGACAGCCCAGCUGGAAGCGAAGCUUGAUAGCAUUGUAUCAUUACUCCAGACUAGUGGAGCAUCCACCGGUAUCCCCACCGAUUGGGAAGCCACAUCACCAGCCACUGCCCAACAUACUUCGCAAAGUCAAGCCAGUGUUUCAUCAUGUAGCUUCCAUUCCGAUGGAAUUCCUACUCCACCAGCAACAGCAUCGCCGCCUCGGAGUAGUAACUCAAUAGAGGAUCUAUGCGCUGCUCUUCCGAUCUCUCCGGAGACAGCCGAGCAGACUCUCACCUUCUUCCGGACUGAGAAUAUGAAGUAUCUCCCAUACGUGCAUAUUCCUUCGCAUAUAACCUCACAACAACUACGGCAAGAAAAGCCAUUCUUCUGGCUGUGUAUUAUGGCAGUCCUUACACCGGGAAGCAUCCAAAGAGAAUCUGUCUUCUUGAAAAUCACCGAGUUCAUUCAUCAAAAGUUACUUGUCGACGUUGCACCAAGCAUGGAUAUGCUGCUUGGAAUCAUGACUUUUAUUUCAUGGACUACAUACUCUCGAAGGCCAUUUCUCAACUUCUAUGCUCAUAUAGUCAUGGGCCUUGUUUGUGAUCUCGGUAUCAACAAACCGGUUCCAACUGAAUUUUCUACAAUGCAAGCAUUUAAGUGUGCCGUUGGUCACAAGCAAAAUAUUCCUACUACAAGAACAAUGGAAGAACGGCGAGCAGCGUUGGGUUGCUUUUUGAUCACUUCGAGCAUUGCCCUGACGAUGUCCAGAAUCGACGCUCUCAGAUGGACUCCACAUAUGGAAGAAUCGCUCUCAAUCUUGAUGAAUGCCAAGGAAUGCCCCGAGGAUGAGCGUCUGGUCUCACUUGUCAAGAUCCAUCUAGUCAUGGAUAAAGUGUACCAUCUACAACGUGAUGGAGACACUCACUACUCAUCCACAUUUUAUACAAAGGCGUUUCAAUCACAGCUGGAAUCUGUCAAGGGCUCAAUUCCAAGUCACCUACAACAAGACAGGUCUAUUCUGUUUUACCUUGCCAAUGCUGAACUCACUAUCCACGAAGUCGCGCUCCGAGCACCUUCGACACCCAACUCGCCAGAAUUACAUAGACUAGAAAGUCUCUAUACCUCUCUUCACGCAGCAAAAUCUUGGUUGGAUCUGUGGCUAUCUGUGCCCACCGAACAGUACAUGGCCGUCUGCUUCACCAUCUUCUUCCAAUUCUCCCGCGCCCUCGUCAGCUUGUAUAGACUUUCCAUCCUCGAAGACCCUGCCUGGGACAAGGCUCUUGUGAGAAACACAGCCAAUGUCCUCGAAUACCUCGACAGAAUGGCAUAUAUGAUGAAGAAAUGUGCCGAUCAUAUCGCUGUGCCCCAUCAGCCGGAAUGGAAUAUUUUCGAGAAGGGAAAGACGAUGGUUCAGUGCAUCAAAGAAGGAUGGGAGCCAAAGUUGAUGGAGAUUUGGUACCCGAGUUUACCCUCCAAUGGUGUUGAUAAUACUCUUGAUCCACCUAAUCCUGCAAUCCUCGCUGACAUCUUACCAAUGAGCGGAUUUGAUGAUGCGUGGAUGAUGGAAGUUUUUGGUUCGAUGUGA